AUGGGCACGAAGCAGACCAAGGGCUGCCAGCCGGGCAGCGCCGGGGAGAGCCCCCCGGGCCACCACCGCAAGAAGGCGGCCACCAGGGAAAGGGGGGAUUUCCUGGCUUCCCUCGUGGCGAAGUCCGGCGAGAAGUUGGGGAAGGGCGCUGGCCCCAGCCUGCCCCCGUACCACCGGCGGAUCUGCAUGAUCCAGGACAUGCUGCUGCUGGUCAAGCAGGGCAAGCAGGAGGAGGCCACCGAGCUGCUGAAGAACCUGCGGCAGGAUUUAGGGAUGGAGUCCACCUCUCUGGAUGAUGUCCUCUAUCGUUACGCCAGCUUCCGAAACCUGGUGGAUCCCAUCACCCACGACCUGAUCAUCAGCCUGGCAAGAUACAUCCACUGCCCCAAACCAGAAGGGGACUCCCUGGGAGCCAUGGAGAAGCUCUGCAGACAGCUCACCUACCACCUGAGCCCCCACUCCCAGUGGAGACGCCAGGGCAUCAUGAAGAGGAAACCUCAGUCCUGCCUGAAGGCCGUGCUGAUGGGGAAACCCCAGGACAACACCGUGGACUUGUCAGGCAUCCCGCUGACCCUGAAGGACCUGGAGAGGGUCACGUCGUACCUGGAGCACAGCUCGGAGCACAUCGACACGGUGGAGCUGUGUUUCACAGAGCUCACGGACGAGAUGCUGCUGCAGCUGCUGCCCGCGCUCUGCUGCCUGCCCCGUCUCACCACGCUGGCCCUCAAUGGCAACCGCCUCACCAAGGCCAUCCUCAGGGACCUCACCGAGACCCUCAAGGACCCCAAGAAGUUCCCCAGCGUCACCUGGAUCGAUCUGGGUAACAACGUGGAUAUCUUCUCCUUGCCCCAACCCUUCUUGGUCAGCCUGAAGAGGCGCUGCCCCAAGCAGGGCAAUUUGCCGACCAUCCUGGAGUUUGGGGAGGGUCAGGUCAGCGAUUUGGAGGGGCAGGAGGGGAUGGGGGACAGCCAGGAGGACCUGAGGGCUGGGCCAGGCCAGGCUGGCAGCACGGACUGGGAGCAGACAGACGGAACAGCCGAGGCCGGGGAGCUCCCUGGCUCAGAGCAAGGUGCCACGCCACAGACAUGA